CCCGCGGCGGCUCGGCUGUUCCGGGAAACUGCAAACUUUGCUGCGCGCGCUCUCCCGUGCGCAGGCUCAACUUUGUAGAGAGAGGGGCCAACUUGGCAGAGCGCGCGGCGAGCUUUGCAGAGAGCGCCCUCCAGGGACUAUGCGUGCGGCGGCACGGGUCGCUUUGGGCUCUUCCAACCCUGCCGAGCGCACUGUCCCGAGCCAGGGGCGGUGCAAGCCCCGCCAGGCCCUACCCAGGGCGGCUCCUCCCUCCGCGGCGCCGGAGCUUUUAGUUUCGCUUUCGCUAAAGGGGCCCCAGACCCUUGCUGCGGAACGACAGAGAGAGACUGCAAGCCCCAGCCGCCCUACCGCCGUGGGAACGAUGGCAGACGAUCAGGGCUGUGUUGAAGAGCAGGGGCUUGGGGAUUCAGCAAAUGAAGAUUCAGUGGAUGCUAAGCCAGACCGGUCCUCGUUUGUACCGUUCCUCUUCAGUAUGAAGAAGAAAAAUGUCUCCAUGCAAUCCAUCAAGACCACCCGGGACCGAGUGCCUACAUAUCAGUACAACAUGAAUUUUGAAAAGCUGGGCAAAUGCAUCAUAAUAAACAACAAGAACUUUGAUAAAGUGACAGGUAUGGGCGUUCGAAACGGAACAGACAAAGAUGCCGAGGCGCUCUUCAAGUGCUUCCGAAGCCUGGGUUUUGACGUGAUUGUCUAUAAUGACUGCUCUUGUGCCAAGAUGCAAGAUCUGCUUAAAAAAGCUUCUGAGGAGGACCAUACAAAUGCCGCCUGCUUCGCCUGCAUCCUCUUAAGCCAUGGAGAAGAAAAUUUAAUUUAUGGGAAAGAUGGUGUCACACCAAUAAAGGAUUUGACAGCCCAUUUUAGGGGGGAUAGAUGCAAAACCCUUUUAGAGAAACCCAAACUCUUCUUCAUUCAGGCUUGCCGAGGGACUGAGCUCGAUGAUGGCAUCCAGGCCGACUCGGGGCCCAUCAAUGACACAGAUGCUAAUCCUCGAUACAAGAUUCCAGUGGAAGCUGACUUCCUCUUCGCCUAUUCCACGGUUCCAGGAUACUACUCGUGGAGGAGCCCAGGAAGAGGCUCCUGGUUUGUGCAAGCCCUCUGCUCCAUCCUGGAGGAGCACGGAAAAGACCUGGAGAUCAUGCAGAUCCUCACCAGGGUGAAUGACAGAGUUGCCAGGCACUUUGAGUCUCAGUCUGAUGACCCACGCUUCCAUGAGAAGAAGCAGAUCCCCUGUGUGGUCUCCAUGCUCACCAAGGAACUCUACUUCAGUCAAUAGCCAUAUCAGGGGUACAUUCUAGCUGAGAAGCAAUGGAUCGCUCGUUAAUGAAUCACAUUUUUUUUAUGCUCUUGAAAUAUUCAGAAAUUCUCCAGGAUUUUAAUUUCAGGAAAAUGUAUUGAUUCAACAGGGAAGAAACUUUCUGGUGCUGUCUUUUGUUCUCUGAAUUUUCAGAGUUUUUUUUUAUAAUGUUAUUCAUUUGGUGACUGUGUAACUUUCUCUUAAGAUUAGUUUUCUCUUUGUAUGUCUUUUACCUUGUUAUUAGACUUAAUACAUGCAACAAAAGUGACCUCUGGAGAAAGCUCGUGGCUGUGUCCACUGUAAUUGGUGGUAACAGUGGUAGAGUCAUGUUUGCACUUGGCAGAAAGAAUCCCAAUGUUUGACAAAACACAGCCAAGGGGAUAUUUACUGCUCUUUAUUGCAGAAUGUGGGUAUUGAGUGUGAUUUGAAUGAUUUUUCAUUGGCUUAGGGCAGAUUUUCAUGCAAAAAUUCCCAGAUGAGUUAGAGGAGAAAAAGCGUAAUGAUUCUGAUAUGUAUCCAUCAGGAUCCAGUCUGGAAAACAGAAACCAUUCUAGGUGUUUCAACAGAGGGAAUUUAAUACAGGAAAUUGACUUACAUAGAUGAUAAAAGAGAAGCCAAACAGCAAGAAGCUGUUACCACACCCAGGGCUAUGAGGAUAAUGGGAAGAGGUUUGGUUUCCUCAGUCCAGUAGUGGGAUCAUCCAGAGGAGCUGGAACCAUGGUGGGGGCUGCCUAGUGGGAGUCAGGACCACCAAGGGAUUGUGGAAAAUGGAGCCAUGACAAGAACAAAGGCACUGACUGAGAUGGAGUGAGCUGGGUCAGAUACGAGAAUACCUUGGUCUUACCUAUGCUGCCCUCACAUCUUCCACUAGCACCUUACUGCCCAGGCCUACCUGGAAGCCACCUCACCAGGGACCUUGGAAGAGCAAGGGACAGUGAGGCAGGAGAACAGGAAAUAGAUGUAAGCCUGGCCCAUAAUGUGAACAUAAGUAAUCACUAAUGCUCAACAAUUUAUCCAAUCAUUUAUUCAUUGGGUUGUCAGAUAGUCUAUGUAUGUGUAAAACAAUCUGUUUUGGCUUUAUGUGCAAAAUCUGUUAUAGCUUUAAAAUAUGUCUGGAACUUUUUAGAUUAUUCCAAGCCUUAUUUUGAGUAAAUAUUUGUUACUUUUAGUUCUAUAAGUGAGGAAGAGUUUAUGGCAAAGAUUUUUGGCACUUUGUUUUCAAGAUGGUGUUAUCUUUUGAAUUCUUGAUAAAUGACUGUUUUUUUCUGCCUAAUAGUAACUGGUUAAAAAACAAAUGUUCAUAUUUAUUGAUUAAAAAUGUGGUUGCUUAAUUCCUAA